AUGGGUGGACGGGACCUCAACUGUAGCCGGGUCUCGGGGACACAAGCGGGUGUGUGUUACCAAAAUGUGCAGGUGAAACGGCGGGACGAGGCAUUCCGGAGAUUGGCGGUGGAGAGAGAACGAAUCUGUCGCCCUGAACACAUGUCCUUGAGGUGUUCUUGUCUCUGUUGUUAUGUUCUUGUAAAUGUAGACACUUGCGCAUCCCCGCAGGGGCCGGAAUCUCUCUCCUCGGCCUGCCCGUCUGACCGCCUGCUCCUGCUCUCUUCCUCACAGGCUCGCUCCACGGACUUUUUGGGCAGAUGA